AUGGCUGCAUUACCAACUGCGCGUGUUAAUACUAAUUCACGACCAUUUGCAUCGACUAUCGUUGACUACGCGGGCCCUUAUGAUAUUCGUGCUUCAAAAGGCCGCGGUCAAACUUCAUACAAGGGUUACGUUGCCGUUUUCACAUGUAUGACUACGAAGGCUGUUCAUUUAGAAGCAGCUGGUGAUCUCACAACACAAACAUUUCUCCAUGCGUUCGACCGAUUUGUCGCUCGUCGUGGAUUUUGUCAUGAUGUGUUUAGCGAUUGUGGGACUAACUUUGUUGGUGCCAAUAACGAGAAUCUAAGACUCUACAACAAAUUUAUUCAAUCAAUCGAAAAGGAAAUCAUACCAGCACUAGCAAAUCGACACAUUCAAUGGCAUUUAAGUCCACCGGGAGCACCGCAUUUCAAUGGAUUAGCCGAAGCAGCUGUGAAAAUAAUGAAAUUUCACUUAUCAAGAAUAAUUGGAGAUGCAAAACUCACAUUCGAGGAAUUUUCAACUGUCUUGGCUCGCAUUGAAGCUGUUCUCAACUCUCGUCCGAUUUCGCCAGUCACUGAGAAUGCAAAUGACUUCACGGCAAUAACACCGGGACAUUUUCUGACGGGAAAUGCUCUCUUAUCACGACCUCAACCACCCUCAGAAUUAAAUCCGAUCAAACGACAUCAACUAAUGGAGUCAAUGGUUCAACAUUUUUGGAAACGUUUUAAGGAAGAUGUCUUGUCCAGCAUGCAAAUUCGUACAAAAUGGCGAACCAAGCAACCUAACAUCAAAGAAAAUGAUUUAGUAACCAUCAAAGAUGAUCGUUUUCCAGUCGGUCAUUGGCCCAUGGGACGUGUCAUUUCAUUACAUCGAGGAAGCGACGAUCUCGUUCGAGUUGUUACAAUCAAAACACCCACCGGCCUUUUGAAAAGACCAAUCGUUAAACUCGCUUUGAUACCAAUCACUGUCCAGCCAUAA